ACUAUUAAACAAACAAAAAAACCCAUUAUUAUAAUGCGAAAAAGUUGACAAACAAAGCCCCUAAUUGUAGAUUUCUCGGUCUUAUUAUUAUUAUUUUUAAGCUAUACUCUCCUUCUAUUUAUUGAUUUAUUUAGCUGUUUUUAUGAUAUAAAUGUGUUUCAAAGGCUCAGAAACUCUUAUCUUUUAUCUGCAGAUUCUCUUCUUCUAAGUAAGUAAUUCUGAAGCAGAAUUUAUAUCUGCUGUAGCUUUCUUCAGAAUCCCUAUAUCUUUUAUUUACCUUUUUGCACUCUUCAUUCUCUUUUAAACAACACAACCCUUUCAAGCUUCACUCUUCGUCAUUAGUCAACUGUCACUCAUAACCUCCAACAAUGGAUGAAUAUUGCAAGAGAAGCGGGCAGAUACCAGCAUUUGGAGACUGGGACAAUGCAAAUGAGCUGCCUAUAACUCAGUACUUCGAAUGCGCUAGACAAGCGGGUUUGAUUCGUUUCAGCUCUUCAUCUGGAGAAUCUAACCCUUAUGUUGCUGCUCAUGACUUGUAUGAAACAGCUAAUUCAAGGAAACAUUCUCGUAAUCUUGCUCCUCCUAGAAAGCAGGCGAGUAGGGUAAGGGAAAAGGGAGGAGCGCAUGUUAAGGAGCAAAAGAAGGCGGGGAGAGUAUGUGACGUGACUGAACCGCCAAGGAAAUACUACCAAAAUCCCCACCACCAUCUGUCUUUGUCAAUUAAUAAUGACAACACUACAAGCAGCAAUAGUAAGCACCUCAAAUACGAUGCCUUUCCACCUCCUAUUCCCAAGAGAUUACCUGUUCGACCUCCUAAACCUGUUGAUGAAGAUCUCUACAAAAUCCCCCCUGAGCUCCUUCACUCUUCCAAGCGAAAGAAGAUGCCAGGAUUCUUUUCCUGCUUGGUACCAGCUUGUGCAACAUGAAAUUUUUAUCGCUUUGUGUUUUAAAAGGAAGGGAUUUCAUGUUUAUAUAGUUAGUCUAGUGAUUUAUUUCUUUUUGUUCCAUCUAAAAAUGUUUUGACUAGCAAUGAGAAAUGACUAUGAAAUGGAGAUUUUGUCCCUUGUCUACCAAUGAACUUACACUAUAUGGAGACUUUGCGUUACACUUCUUGUAUUUUAAAAGUAUAAAAUAGAAUUGUCGUUUUUAGUAA